GACACAAUUAGCACAAGAUGAGUUUGGUAAGUGGGUAUCCUCAAAAUUUCCACCCAGGCCCUAUGCCGGAAAUGUACCCGUACCACCAGGCCGCCUACCCCGAGCGACCCGACCCCGGUCCCGCGUACUUUCAGCACUGGAUGUUCACCAACGGCGCUGGGGAGAUGCAGCCGAUGUCGCCGGACCAAUACUGCGGACAAAUCACAGAAUUCCAGGGACUCGGUCCCAUGCAAUCGUUUGCUCAGUUUAACCCAGAGACUCGCGUUCGAGUAGUUAAGAGACGGGUGUCCGCCAACAAGAAGGAAAGACGCCGUACUCUGAGUAUUAACACUGCCUUCGCUGACCUGAGGGGGUGUAUACCCAACGUCCCCUCAGAUACAAAACUGUCAAAAAUCAAAACUCUAAGGCUGGCCACUAGUUAUAUUGCCUAUUUAAUGGACAUUUUGGCCAAAGAUGACCCUAACUUAACGGAGGGUGGAUUCAAGGCGGAGAUUACUAAGAAAUUAGAGAGCAAAGAAGACAGGAGGAAAAGGGAACUGGCGGAACUUAAUAACACGUUGAGCGGAGGAGACACGAAGAAAGGGAAGGGCAGAACGGGUUGGCCUCAACAUGUUUGGGCUCAGGAGUUAAAACAAGCGGAGUGACCGCAGCAAAACCGUGGGAAAUCCAGCGAAAUCUUACGUCAAAUUACGCAAAUGGUUUUCACAGAAAAUAGACCUGCUUCUGUCACUAAGAAAUUACAAAGAAACAAGAGAAACUCUACUCUCGGCGUACUACAGAUUUUCAGCCCAGAACGUUCGAGAACUUUUGAAGUGAUUAUCAAUCCCCACCUCCAAGUAACGUAAACGCACGAGUCUCGUCUCCAUGACAACCUGUAGUAACGCUUGGGGUUUCUCAGUUUCAAGAGGAGUGAAGAGAGAGAGGAAAAAACUAUAUUCCAUUAGAAACCUGAAUAUCUGCACGCUGUACCAUGAAGACUACGUGCCAAGGGAGAACGUUCAGGUCAGCCUUUGUGAAAACACAGUAUUAUUGCUAUUGACAGGAUUCUCCUGUUAGCAAUCCUCGGGGAGUUUAUUUGUGCCAAGAAUUUCUGUAAAUCAAAUCUCAAAAAAAGAUGUGAUAAAGUGUGAGUGUAAUACUGUUUUAUUUAUUCAUGAAACGUGAGGUUGAAAGUCAAGUCACACUGUUCGUGUUUAACUUUCUGACUUAUUAUAAAUAGAAUUAUUUUAUUUAUAUUAAUAUGAAAAUAUGCAUAUCUAUGUGCCCAUGAUUUAUGAUAGUAUUAUAUUGAAUAUGUUUAUGUGUAGAUAAAUAGAUACAUUUAGGUAUAUGUAAUUGAUUAUUAUUAUUAUAAGAUAUAUAAGUGAAAACAGUUCACAUGUCGCACAAACUUAGAGACGACAUUUUGACAAUAUCUUUAAUAAGCCUACAUGUAUAUCGCUCAAAAGUUUUAAAAAAAGCUUAGCAUAGCGUCUGUCUCGUAAGUAUUUAAGCAAGAGAUUUGAGUUUUUUCUGCGGAAAAGUUCUUAAGCAGGGUCGUGAUCGAGUUAAUUGAUGGGGCAGGCCUUUUCAUAACGCGUGACUUCGAGGUCGACUCCAAAACUGAUCAUCCAGAUUUGGGGAUGUAAUUCGCUGACGAUAUCCACGUCGCGUCCUCGUCUUAGACAUUGCAGCCAGGAAUCGGUAUAACUCCCAUUACCAUGAAAGUCAAGAGUUGAACUCAGUGUCGGGGAUCCAGAACAGGGAUAGCGAAUGAUCGCAAAAAUGGUGCAUUUUAAUUUGAUCAGAGCCCUAAUCGGCAGUACACAAAUUAAGUCAUCCAAAAGGUCAAGGUAUUCUUAACCUGGUGUCCGCUUUGGAGGGGCUUAAUCAUUGGCUUUUUUUCCUUCUUUCUAUAAUUAGUCACUCUGUUGGACAGUGUUCAAGUAGCAAGAAAAACUUAUAAAUCAAUUGUGGUCUGACCAUGUGAUAUAACAGCGUAGUUUUGUUGAGAAAAGAUCGAAAAAUCUCACGAAAAAAAGCCAACUGGUAUUUAUUUUUUAAGACCCUUAAUUGUUAUUAUCGAAAAUGUUCAGAAUAUUUUCUGCUCAAAAAGAAAAUGAUCACAGCUAUGAAAAUAACUCAUUGGUAGUAACUUAUAAUGUUACUUUAAGAUGGUAAAGGGUGUUUUUUAGCAUAGGUACAGUUGAUUGCUGAAAGUAUCUGUUGUAAAACGAAUAUCUGUGACUGCAUGUCAUAAUUUUUUUUUUAAUUUUGAGUUUUUUAAAUUUGCCAACUUUCCUAGCGCGUUCAGAUUUAAGCAUUUUCAAGUGUAUAUAUUAUGAAGAAAACAUUUUUCAGGUUUGAACUUAAAAAAUUUUGUUAUCAAGAUCUGUAAUUAAAUCCAAAUCUUAUUAAGGUCAGUGUCUUUAUUCUUCAAUUUCGUCGGUAAGUGAGUAAGUAGUCUGCGAGAAGAGGGUCUUUGUAUGUAGGGAAUGUCAACAAUUUGCCGUUAAAUCGGUGCAGGAUCCAUCGACGGCUUCUCCACGUCACCGAUGAAAUACGCUCGGCGACGCUGAGGGAGCGGUAGCCGCUCUCGCCCAGACUCUUAGAUCAUCCGCACUAUUGUUUACUCCUUGCAUGUAAACGUACACCGUAAUCGUAUAGGAAAGUGAUAAAUCUUCCUCAUGUCAAUGGACUUAUUUAUUAAGUCGACUCCGGUGAAGAUCACGUCAUUGCCAGUGUGUGUAUAGCCAAUGGGUUAAUUAUUAUAAGGAUUGAAGACGAGGUAAACAUUGUAGCUGGUGUUUGUUCAGUAUGUUCAUUGUGAACUGAUGCACGCCUAUCGCAACAUCUAAAUACUUGUAAAUACAGAGGUCGUGGACAUUUGUAUAUUUAUAUAUCUAUCUGUGUGUUGUUAUACAGGUCUCUAUGUGUCACUUUUAAUUAAGGGACUGAAUAACACGUAGACAAGAGAGGUUAGAUAUCGAGAUAUCUUGGUGCUGUUUUAAAUCAAAUUCUUCAAUAAUUUUAAAGAGUGGUGCUAAUUUGCGGAUUACACGUGGUUACCUAUGACCAAUGAAUAAAACAGUG